AUGACUCGUUUUCAAGCAGGUCGUCCGGUCGGAAACCAGGACUAUACGUCCUCGACCGUGGUUAUUAUAGGGGCAGGCAUAUCCGGCCUCUGUAUGGCGAUUGAUAUUAUCAAGCGAAGCCAAUGUCGUAACCUUGUCAUUCUGGAGAAAGGCAGCCAGGUCGGGGGUACUUGGAAUGAUAACAGAUACCCCGGAUGCGCCUGUGACGUCUGGAGCACAUUGUACAGCUUCUCCUUCGAGCAAAAGACCGAUUGGACAAGAGAACAUCCGGGUCAAGAAGAGAUUCGGGACUAUCUGAUUCACGUCGCGGAGAAAUAUGGUCUCUAUAAAUACAUCCGCUUCAACACGACGGUGCAGGAAGCUCGCUGGGAUGACAAAGAGCUCAAGUGGAAGGUCAGCGUGGCCACGUCGGGAGCCAAAGAGCCCCAAUUCCACGAGUCAUACGACAUUACCACCGACUUCCUGGUAUCGGCAGUCGGUCAGCUGAAUGUGCCUAGCUUUCCCUCUAUUCCCGGCCUCGAUGACUUCACCGGCAAAUUGAUGCAUUCUGCCCGGUGGGACUGGACGUAUGAUUUCGCCGGAAAACGCGUCGCUAUCAUCGGAAAUGGCGCCACUUGCGCCCAAAUCGUCCCCGAGCUGGCUAAAUCAGUCUCGCAAGUCACGGUGUACCAGCGAACCCCCAACUGGGUCAUCCCGCGGUAUGAUACAAGUGUCUCGUUUAUCCAAAGAUUCUUGCUCUCCUACGUGCCGCCUAUCCGCUGGUGCAAACGCGCCCUCAUGAUGCAAGCUCGCGAGUUCAGCCACGAUGCUAUCGCCAAGGCCGACUCGGCCAUGUCAGGGUAUAUACGCAAAAUAGCCAUCGCUACCAUGAAAAGCCAGGUGUGUGAUAAGCCAGAGCUAUGGGACAAGUUGACCCCAGAGUACUCGCCUGGCUGCAAGCGUCUCAUUCCAUCGGACGACUUCUACCCCGCAUUGAAUAAGAAAAACGUGCAUCUUGAGACGCGACCGAUUCAGCGCAUUGCCGAGUCUGGAAUCGAAACGGUUGAUGGCGACCUUCAAGAGUAUGAUCUCAUUGUUGCGGCGACGGGAUUCCGCUCGGUCGAGUUUAUGCAUCCUAUCCAGGUGUACGGGCGAAACGGUCGUCCGGUGUCAGAUGUGUGGAAGGAUGGGGCCGCAGCCUACUAUGGUGUCACGGUCGAGGACCUCCCCAACUUUGGUAUGCUGUAUGGACCGAACACGAAUCUGGGUCAUAACUCGAUCAUCUUGAUGAUUGAGGCACAGUCGCGUUACUUGAGCACGCUGAUCGGUGAGGUUGUGCGGGCCAAGGCUCGCAGUGACUCGCUGGUCUUGCAGCCUCGGCCGGAUGUGGUGGCUGCGUUCAAUGAUCGCCUCCAGGAGCAGUUAGAAACAAGUUCCUUCGCCGACCCGCACUGCCAUAGCUGGUAUAAACUGGAAAAUGGCCGGAUCACCAACAACUGGCCAGGUCGGGUGGUCCCCUAUCAGAAGGACUUGUCACGGGUGCGAUGGGAGGAUUACGUCGUUGAGGGGACAGGCAAGUCCUUGGUGGAGCGCAAGAAAACGACUAACAUCGGUCGGGUCCAGGAGGAAUUGCCUGUUCGUUCCUCGACGUUGGUGCUGGGCGCUUUGGGAGCGGCCCUGGCAGUGGGCGGGUACUACAUGAAUGGACCGCAGGCUUUGCUGCAGCGGCGCCGUUGA